GGGCAGGAGAGAGAAAUAUCAUUAGGAGAUUAGUGCAAGGGGAGGAAAUCACGAAUUUCGGGCUUACGUCCCCUUAGAAUACAACAACGUUGUCAUUGAUUUCGUCAAACGGUGCAGACAGCGACAAAGGGAGUUAAUCGAAUCGCUGUUGUUCGACAAAGGAUUAUCUGCGGACUUUCUGGGCAAGAUUCUGGAAUUUAAAAUUCUCUGACAGCGACCAUCUGUGGACUGGAUAACACGCUGGAUAAUUUGGUCAGUUGGACCACUGGUCAGAGAAUGAGCUAAAACGUGGACUGGACAAGAUUUGAGUGCCAGAAAUGUGAAGCUAGAAAGCUCCAUGCCAGUUAACGUCACGUGAUCGCUGCAAGCUAUUUGACGGGCAGGGCGUAGCACGAUAGAAAUGAAGGAAUGAAAGGGCUGAUGAGGUCUCUUGCUUUGGCGAUGUUGUUGCUCAUUCCUUCACACACACUUGAAACGGGCAUUGAUAAAGGUACUGUCCACUGUUCCAGAGAGAAAGGUAGCGACGUUCUGAAGGCAGAGAAAGGUGACCACGGCUUCAUUGUGUCAGGCGGCUACCCAGGGAACUACAGCACGGGGGGCAAGUCGGGGCUGUGGUGCCAGAUCCACAUCCAGGUCUGUAGCACGUGCAAGCUCAGGAUCAAGUUGGAAGAACUCAGCUUCGCUCACUGCACGCUCAAUAGGAAUAGGGGAGCGAACAGGGACUGGUGCCAUCCUGGGUGCGACCACAUCCACAUCCACGAAGUAGAUCCGCCAUACAACAAGGUCACCAACCGGGACUACUUUCUUGGCAACGAGACGGAGUACACCUCCAUUUCCGGCAACAUCAAAAUACGUCACUGCGCGGGAAAUACCAGCGUGGAGGAUGGCAAAAGAUUCAAAAUUGCUUACAAAGUUGUUGACAAGAACGAGCUACACCAAGGCAUCGUGUCCCAAUAUGGCGAGGUCCACAAGACAGUUGUCUCCCCCAACUUCCCCCAUGGAUACGCCCUCAACGGCGAGACCUUCACCUUCGUGAUACAAAACCUUGACCCCUAUGGUCACAUCCGGCUGAUGUUUGAAGACUGGGAUAUUGCGCCAGAGAGUAAAGUUCGGAUCUAUGACGGGAUCUCCAACAAUGCCAACCACACGGUGCUAGAGAGGUUCUCACGUCCUCUCUUUGUGUCCACCUCCAACACGCUGGCCAUCGUCUUCUCCACGGGCGUCCACAGCUCACCUGGCGGGGUGACCAAUGACUGCUGCUAUUACAUCGGGUUCAAGGCCGAGUACCAGUUUGUCUCAGACCUAGAGUGGCGAGAAAGACCUGACACCUCAUGUAGUGAGACCCACCCCAUGCAGGGGGGUGGCAUGAUAUCAUUUACAGGGGCGUUGUCUUCAGCUCCCAGGUUCUAUGAUUGUGUCUGGCUCAUCAAGCGCUACAACUCUUACAGUUCCAACACACCGGAUGCUGUGGUCUUGAGACUGCGGGAAGUUCUGCUGGGCGACGGCUGGCUCCGGUACGGCAAAAGGAAUGUUCUGGAAAUCAGGAACGGCGUCAGCUCCGAGGCGCGGCUCCUAGCCAGAUUUACGUCACGCAACCUGACCGACAUUCCGGCCGUGAUUACGUCACAGACCGGCCUGUACAUCCGGCUCAGAGGGGGCUACUACAGCACGGACAAGCUGUCCUUCAUGUUUACAGCCGUGAAGAACGUCACCAAAGGGGGUGAAGGUUGCCCUGGAUACACAGACUUCCUGUGUAAGAACCUGCUGUGUAUCGACCAGGAGCUAAUGUGUGAUAACGUUGACCAUUGUGGGGACGGCUCUGACGAGAGCCCCACGUUGGAUUGCUCUGUUACAGAUAUGAUGAAGCACAGGUUUAAGUGGAGCAUGGCUUAUAUCACUGAUACCACUCUGUCUAACAAACCUGCCUGCAACGGCAUCCUCUGUGGCGACACCUGCAUCACCUUUGACCAGGUGUGUAACGGGAUCGUCGACUGCGCAGGACAGGAAGAUGAAAGAGACUGUGCCAAUGCAGUGACACCAAGGAACAGUACAACCAAGCCCCUCCCUGUCAUGUUGAUAUUGCUUCUGACUACCUUAUGGCAUUUAGUAAAACACACAACCAACAGAUGACAGAGAAUGUGGUUCUAAUUUGUUUUAAAGUGCUUUAGGCUUUAUUAUCAUUUUAUUUAUCAUUUUAAAAUUUUGGACAUGAACUGAACAGCAACCCAUUUUAAAUUGACCUGUUCUUUAGUGUGGUGCAACUCUUACAAUUGCCUUUGUAUUCAGUGUAAAAUAUUUUCAUUCUCAUUGUUGUGAUAUGUCUGACUUUUGUGAUAUGUUUCACAAAAUAUGGGCCAUAAUGUUAUUCUAUUUUGCAUAUGUCCUCUCAUUACAAUGUAUAAUUAAUAUAAUAUUUAUAUUUCAAUUAUUAUUUGUAUAUGUUCAAUUUUCCUGGAACUUCUGUACAAGUGUUAUGUAUGAGAACUUCUGUGCUAAUGUGAAUAAGAACAUUCUUGGAUUU